CGCGCGGGAUCGGAGGGCGCUGAGGGGUCUCUGGAACGCCGGGGGCCCUUGGAGAGCGCCAGUGCGCUCCAUCCCCCGCCGGCCCGGCGCCGGCGGUCUCCGCUACCCGAUCCCGGGCUGGGCGCCGUGGCGUUGCCCGGGAGCCCACCGCCCGCGGGGCGCGCUCCGCCUUGACCCCGGCGGCCCCGCGGCAGGCAGGCGCCCGCAGUUCCAUGGUUGGCUCGGAACGCAAUGAGCCGCCCGUCCUCCACCGGCCCCAGCGCUAACAAACCCUGCAGCAAGCAGCAGCCGCCGCAGCCCCAGCACGCUCCGUCCCCGGCUGCGCCCCCGGCCGCCGCCACCAUCUCGGCUGCGGGCCCCGGCUCGUCCGCGGUGCCAGCCGCGGCGGCGGUGAUCUCCGGCCCCGGCGGCGGCGGCGGCGGCGGUGGCGGGGCCGGCCCGGUGUCCCCGCAGCACCACGAGCUGACCUCGCUCUUCGAGUGCCCGGUCUGCUUUGACUAUGUUCUGCCUCCCAUCCUGCAGUGCCAGGCCGGGCACCUGGUGUGUAACCAAUGCCGCCAGAAGCUGAGCUGCUGCCCGACGUGCCGGGGCGCCCUGACGCCCAGCAUCAGGAACCUGGCUAUGGAGAAGGUGGCCUCGGCUGUUCUCUUUCCCUGUAAGUAUGCCACCACAGGCUGUUCCCUGACUCUGCACCACACGGAGAAGCCAGAACAUGAAGACAUCUGUGAAUACCGUCCCUACUCUUGUCCUUGUCCUGGGGCGUCCUGCAAGUGGCAGGGCUCGCUGGAAGCCGUGAUGUCCCACCUCAUGCACGCCCACAAAAGCAUCACUACCCUUCAGGGAGAAGACAUCGUCUUUCUAGCUACGGACAUUAACCUGCCAGGAGCUGUUGACUGGGUGAUGAUGCAGUCAUGUUUCGGCCACCACUUUAUGCUGGUGCUGGAGAAACAAGAAAAGUAUGAAGGCCACCAGCAGUUCUUUGCCAUCGUCCUGCUCAUCGGCACCCGCAAGCAGGCCGAGAACUUUGCCUACAGACUGGAGCUGAACGGGAACCGGCGGAGACUGACCUGGGAGGCCACCCCCCGGUCCAUCCACGACGGCGUGGCCGCGGCCAUCAUGAACAGCGACUGCCUCGUUUUCGACACAGCCAUCGCACAUCUUUUUGCGGAUAAUGGGAACCUUGGGAUAAAUGUGACUAUUUCUACGUGUUGUCCAUGACGCAUCGUGUGGGAUCUAUAAACUAUUGAAAUUAUUUGGGCAUAGUUCUCUGUGUUGAAUAAAGAUUUUUAUAGAUGUU